AACGAAACUCAAAAACGUGCUCUUCCUCUCCCAUAAUGGCCACCACAAAUCGAGACGAAUCCGACAAAGACAGUACGGCUUCUUCUUCAAUAACAAUGCCGGAAUCCAGUCGCCGGAGUUGGAUGAGUAGUACUAAUCUCAGCAGUUUCAGUAGUCGCCGGAGUUCAAUUUCACUCUGCAAUGAAAACCCCUAUUUCUCCAACUCACACAAACCACACAAAUCAAAUCAAAUCCCUUGGGAACUCAUUCGACGGAUCCGAGUCGAAUCAGGUCAAAUCAAACUCGAGCAUUUCCGGUUACUCCGCCGAGUCGGCGGCGGAGAUAUCGGUAGUGUUUAUUUAUGUGAAAUUCGGAAUCCGGUUGUUGGUUUGCCGCAGUGUUUUUACGCUAUGAAGGUUGUGGAUCGAGAAGCGGUUGAGAUAAGGAAGAAAUUGCAGAGAGCGGAAAUGGAAAAGGAGAUUUUGGGGAUUAUUGAUCAUCCAUUUUUGCCUACUUUGUAUGCACAAUUUGAAGCUUCGCAUUAUUCGUGCUUGGUUAUGGAGUAUUGUCCCGGCGGAGAUUUGCAUGCCGUCCGGCAACGGCAGCCCGGAAAACGUUUCAGCAUUUCCUCUGCUAAGUUUUAUGCAGCAGAAAUAUUAGUGGCACUAGAAUAUCUUCACAUGAUGGGAAUUGUAUACAGAGAUUUAAAACCAGAAAAUGUGCUUGUAAGAUCAGAUGGUCACAUUAUGCUUUCAGAUUUUGAUCUUUCUUUUAAAUGUGAUGAAGUUGUUCCAACACUCGUAAAGUCGAAAACAACAAAAUCCAUUACCAAAACCCCAAGAAAUUCAUACUGUGCUAUGCCAAUUCAACCAGUUCUAUCCUGUUUUUUAUCAAGAAAAACAGAACAAAACCAUGAAAACCAAGAACAGAAUCAAGAAAUUGUUGCUGAACCUAUAAAUGCUCGAUCAAAAUCCUUCGUUGGCACACACGAGUAUUUAGCCCCCGAGGUGAUUUCAGGACAGGGUCAUGGAAGUGCAGUAGAUUGGUGGACAUUAGGGGUGUUUCUGUAUGAGCUUAUUUUUGGUACCACUCCUUUUAAAGGAGAGAAUAAUGAGAAAACGCUCGUCAACAUACUGAAGAAACCAUUGACAUUCCCAAGAAUCGCGAUAAGUAGCAGCAGAGAGUAUGAAGAGAUGGUGAAAGUUCAAGACUUGAUUUGUAGAUUACUUGUGAAGAAUCCAAAGAAGAGAAUUGGGAGUUUACAAGGUAGUGUUGAAAUCAAGAAACAUGAGUUUUUUAAAGGUGUAAAUUGGGCUUUGAUUAGGUCAAUUAAGCCACCAGAAGUACCAAAUGAUUUGGUGAAAAUGAGAGGUGUAAGAGGUGUUCCAAAGUUGAGUAAGAAACAAAGGGAAGAACCUUAUCAAAUCCCUCAGUAUUUUGAUUACUUUUAAACAUUGUAAAUAGUUUUAGGGUAAUUAAUUAACAAGAUAGCAAGUUGUAAUCAUGUAUGACAUGAAGAAAAAGAGCUAGUUGUUUUC